AUGUCGAAGCACUUCUGUUUCUGUAUCCCUGUACGAGCUGCGGUCUUCGUCUUCUCCUUCCUCUCCUUCCUAGCCACCGCUAUCGUUGCAGCGUUGGCAUGGUACGUCACAUAUGAGGUCGACCACGGUAAGCACCCCAAUGGCGACUUCGAGAACGUCACGAAUUCCGCGAAGAUUAUCAUCAUCGUGGUCGGGUCCUUAUUCACUCUCAUGUCGCUCAUGUCGCUGUUCGGGUUCAUCGGCUCCAUAACGCGCAACCGGCGAUUCGUGGAGUCGUACUCGAGCCUGCUCUGGGUGAUAUUUUUCCUGUCGCUCGGCUCAUCGGUGCUCUUCCUUUACUUCGUCUACUCGGGCAAGAACCUCAGUGGCUCCAUCGAGCACUCGACGUGGAUCAAGAUUGUCGUCACCGUGAUGGUGAUCGUUGAGCUGGUGCUCCACCUAUACAUCGUGAUCGUCGUCAGACGCUACGUCGAGCAGCUACGGGAUGAGGACGCGUGGCAGGGCCCGUACAAGCUCACCACGACGGAUGUGAACCAGGGCCUCAUGAACCCACAGGGCCCGUCGUACCCCUACUCAGAUCCCUCCCACUCGUAUGGCAACGUGUGA